UUUGAAAUCGGAGCGAAGGAGAGAUAAUCUCUAGUUUACAUAAACGACGAGGGUGAUGAAUCUGAGUGUAACUCUACGCAUCUUUGCGGCGGUGUGCAUGGCCGUGAUCCAAUUAGCUUCUGGUAAUUUCGUGUUUAAUGUGACGCAUAAGUUCGCUGGAAAAGAUAAACAGCUAUCGGAGCUCAGAUCUCACGACAGCUUCCGUCACGCUAGAAUGCUUGCCAACCUUCAUCUACCUCUCGCCGGGGAUAGCCGAGCUGAUUCGAUCGGAUUGUACUACACGAAGAUCAAGCUUGGAUCACCGCCAAAGGACUACCAUGUUCAAGUUGACACAGGAAGUGAUAUACUCUGGGUCAACUGUGCACCUUGCCCUAAAUGUCCUGUCAAAACUGAUCUCAAUAUACCUCUGUCCUUGUACGACUCAAAAGCUUCCUCCACAUCCAAGAAAGUCGGGUGCGAAGAUGAUUUCUGCUCCUUCGUCUCGCAACCAGACGCUUGCGAACCCAUGAAGACAUGUAGUUAUCAUGUUGUGUAUGGAGAUGGGAGCGCAAGUGAUGGAGAGUUCGUCAAGGAUAACAUUACCCUGGAUCAAGUCACUGGAGACCUCCGAACUGCACCCCUUGCCCAGGAAGUCGUGUUCGGGUGUGGAAGCAAUCAAUCUGGACAACUUGGGAAGACUGACUCUGCAGUUGAUGGCAUUAUGGGAUUUGGACAAGCUAAUACCUCUAUCAUUUCGCAACUCGCUGCCGCCCGGAAUAAGAAGAGAAUCUUUUCACAUUGUCUAGACAAUGUAAACGGAGGUGGAAUUUUUGCUGUUGGGGAAGUCGAAUCUCCACUAGUGAAAUUUACUCCUUUGGUUCCCAAUCAGGUACAUUACAACGUCAUUUUAAAGGGGAUAGAUGUAGAUGGAGAACCUGUUGCUCUCCCACCAAGCAUAGCUAUUUUUGGCGGGAAUGGAGGAACCAUUAUUGACAGUGGUACAACUUUAGCUUACUUGCCAGAGAAUCUCUACACCUCGCUACUUCAGAAGAUUACUGCUCGGCAACCGGUGAAACUGCACACCGUACAGGAGACUUUUGCGUGCUUCAGUUUCACGUUAAACACAGAUAAAGCAUUUCCGGUAGUCAAUCUUCAUUUCGAGGACAACCUCAAAAUGAGUGUUUAUCCGCACGACUAUCUUUUCUCCCUUCGUAAAGAUUUGUAUUGCUUUGGUUGGCAAUCUGGUGGACUGACGAAUCAGGACGGAUCUGAUGGUAUCCUUUUGGGAGAUUUGGUGCUUUCAAACAAGUUGGUGGUAUACGAUCUGGAUAAUGAGGUCGUUGGAUGGGCAGAACACAACUGUUCGUCAAGCAUCAAAGUGAAAGAUGGAUCAGGAGCUGUUUACUCAGUCGAAGCAGAUAAUCUCAUAGCUUCUUCUUCUUCUCCUUCUUCUUCGUCUUCUUCGGAAACCGGAGACACAAUCAUUAAAGGAUUUUGAGGCAAAUGCGCAAGAAUUUUUGUUGUUGAAAUUGAGUGAUGUGGAAAACCAGAGC